CAAAGUGAAAUCCUGAUGAAGCAGCUGAGGGAGAUCACCGGCAUCCAGGACUCUCAGAUCCUCUGCAAAGCCCUCAAUGCCAGCCAGGGGGACAUCGGCCGUGCAGUCGGGCUGCUGACCAAUCAGCCUGCAGAGCUCCAGGAUCCUGAAGAUCCUCCAGAGCCGUCUGAAGAGGCCUGGGACAAACAGAAAGGACUUCCUAAAGAUGAGCUGCAGACGGCCAUAGAGCUCAGCCUGCAGGAGUCCCAGAAUGCCCAGGAGGAGGAGAGAGAGUUCAACAGGGCUCUGGAGGCCAGCGCUGAGGAGAGCGCAGCGAGGAUGAAGAGGAAGAGGAGUGAAGCUCAGAGUGACAUGUGCAAUCCGGCAGAGUGGAUCCGGCAGGACGAGUGGCCCGUGGGCAUCAGAAACGUGGGGAACACCUGCUGGUUCAGCGCCGUCAUCCAG